AAAAACUGCCUCGUUAAACACUAAUGUAAAAGAAUUGGGGGUCUAUUGUCUUCUGAUUCUUGUCUCAUUGCAGGUGGGUCUGUGAAGAAAUCCCAGAUCUCAAGCUUGCCAUGGAAAAUUAUGUUUUAAUUGACUAUGAUACAAAAAGCUUUGAAAGCAUGCAGAGGCUUUGUGACAAAUACAACCGUGCCAUUGAUAGCAUUCAUCAGUUGUGGAAAGGAACCACCCAGCCCAUGAAAUUGAACACUCGUCCCUCCAAUGGGCUCCUCCGUCACAUCUUGCAGCAAGUAUAUAACCACUCGGUGACUGACCCAGAGAAACUCAACAACUAUGAGCCCUUUUCCCCAGAGGUGUAUGGAGAGACUUCCUUUGAUUUAGUGGCCCAAAUGAUUGAUGAGAUUAAAAUGACUGAGGAUGACUUGUUUGUUGACUUGGGCAGUGGUGUGGGUCAGGUCGUGCUUCAAGUUGCUGCUGCCACAAACUGCAAACAUCACUAUGGUGUGGAGAAAGCUGAUAUUCCGGCCAAAUAUGCUGAGACGAUGGACAGAGAGUUCAGAAAGUGGAUGAAAUGGUAUGGGAAAAAACAUGCAGAAUACACACUGGAAAGAGGUGACUUCCUCUCAGAAGAAUGGAAAGAAAGAAUUGCAAACACAAGUGUUAUUUUUGUGAAUAAUUUUGCCUUUGGUCCUGAGGUGGAUCACCAACUGAAGGAGCGAUUUGCAAACAUGAAGGAAGGUGGCAGAAUCGUGUCCUCAAAGCCUUUUGCACCUCUAAACUUUAGAAUAAACAGUCGAAACUUGAGUGAUAUUGGCACUAUAAUGAGAGUUGUGGAGUUAUCCCCACUGAAAGGGUCAGUUUCAUGGACCGGGAAACCAGUUUCUUACUACCUGCAUACUAUUGAUCGCACCAUACUUGAAAACUAUUUUUCUAGUCUCAAAAAUCCAAAACUCAGGGAGGAACAAGAGGCAGCUAGACGUCGUCAGCAAAGAGAAAACAAGAGCAACACAACUACUCCAACGAAGGUGCGAGAAAACAAGGAUUCUGGUGCUGAAGAAGAAAAAGUUGGGACAAAUGCAGUUAAAAAGACAUCCCCCUCCAAAGCACGCAAGAAAAAGCUGAGUAAGAAAGGAAGGAAAAUGGCCGGGCGGAAGCGAGGGCGUCCCAAGAAAAUGAACACUGCAAAUACAGAGCGCAAGACCAAGAAGAACCAAACUGCACUAGAGCUUCUGCAUGCUCAAACUGUGUCACAGACACCCUCAUCCUCUCCUCAGGAUGCAUACAAGUCACCUCAUAGUCCAUAUUACCAACUACCUCCUAAAGUGCAACGGCAUUCAUCUAACCAACUGUUGGUGACUCCUACCCCACCUGCACUACAGAAGCUGCUAGACUCUUUUAAGAUCCAAUACAUGCAGUUCAUGGCGUACAUGAAAACUCCUCAGUACAAAGCAAACCUGCAACAGUUACUGGAGCAGGAAAAGGAAAAGAAUGCUCAAUUGCUGGGGACAGCACAACAGUUAUUCACCCACUGCCAGGCACAGAAAGAGGAAAUUAAACGUCUCUUUCAACAGAAACUCGAUGAGUUGGGAGUUAAAGCUCUGACAUAUAAUGACCUGAUUCAGGCUCAGAAGGAGAUCUCCGCUCACAACCAGCAGCUGAAGGAACAGACAAAGCAGCUGGAGAAAGAUAACAGCGAACUCAGGAACCAGAGCUUGCAGCUGCUUAAAGCACGAUGCGAAGAACUGAAGUUGGAUUGGUCAACGCUGUCGUUGGAGAGCUUACUGAAGGAAAAGCAGGCACUGAAGAAUCAGAUUUCUGAGAAACAAAAGCACUGUUUGGAAUUGCAGAUCAGCAUUGUGGAGCUUGAGAAAAGUCAAAGGCAGCAGGAGCUCAUGCAGCUGAAAUCGUAUAUGCCUCCUGAUGAGUCUCUGUCGGUUCAACUACGCAAUAAAAACCGUUUAAGCCGUGAGCCCGAGGCUGAUCACGGCAGAUUCCAACUUGAGCUUGAGUGCUCUAAAUUUCCUAUGCCCCACAUCAAUGGCAUGAGCCCUGAACUGUCCAUGAAUGGCCAUGCUACUCCCUAUGAAAUCCAUAAUGCUCUUAGCAGGCCCUCUUCCAAGCAGAACACCCCUCAAUACAUGACCUCUCACCUGGACCAAGAAAUAAUUCCUUGCACCCCAAACCACAGCAACAGACAGAAGGUGGACAAGACAGCAAGCUUGUCCUUACCUGAUUACACCAGGUUUUCCCCAGCUAAGAUAGCCCUAAGGAGACACUUGAAUCAGGACCAUGCAGUCAAUGGAAAAGCAACAACUAAUGAGAUACACCAGAGAGCUGACCAUGUAAAAGAGAACGGCCUUACAUAUCCAAGCCCUGGCAUUUCAAAUGGCAUAAAGCUGAGUCCUCAGGAAACUCGGCCCUCUUCCCCAGCGGCCUUACCGAUUGCAGGCGAGAAGGUUUUGCGAGAGAGGACUUCUGCGAGUAAUGGAGAAACUAUCACCAGCCUACCUAUCAGUAUUCCUCUCAGCACGGUGCAGCCCAAUAAACUCCCUGUUAGUAUCCCUCUGGCCAGCGUAGUCCUACCUAGCCGUGUUGAGAAGGUGAGAAGCACACCUAGUCCAGUUCAUCAGAAUCGAGACUCGUCGUCAACACUUGAAAAACAGUAUGGUGCUAGUUCUCAUAAUGGCAUAAGCAAUGCUGCUGGAAAUAAGCCACUGGCUUUGGCUACCUCAGGUUUUUCAUAUUCUUCUGGCUCCAUGGCAGUUAAUGGAACUCUUUCAAACAGCCCCGCCCACCUUAACCAUAGUGUUGAUCAGGCAGCUGCGGACGACUCUGGGAGUUUGUUUAACUCGGUAGGGUCUCGGAGCUCCACUCCACAAUACCCUUCUUUGCUAAUGAUGCAGUCACGGAACUCUGGGCAGAACUCCCCGGCUCACCAGCACUCAGCAAGCCCCAAGUUAAAUGGUGCCUCCCAGAGCAUGGUAGGGGUACUGCAGUACGUGGAUGCUCAGAAGAUGUUUGCCGAAGGAACAAAGGGGGAACUUCAGCCUGAUGCCGCCUUUUCCGAUCCUGAGAAUGAGGCCAAGAGAAGAAUCAUCUUCACAAUCUCUCCUGGUACAGGAAGUAUAAAACAGUCUCCGUCUAACAAGCACAGUCCCCUGACAGCAAGCAUUCGGAUGGACUGUGGCCAAGCAUACAUGCAGGAUGGGAAGAAACGAGGUCGAAGGAAGAGAUCCUCCACCGGGAAUCUAAACAUGAACUCCGGGGUGUCCCCUAAACGCAAAUCCUUACCAACUGUGGCUGGACUCUUCACUCAGCCUUCAGGCUCACCACUUAAUAUAAACUCAAUGGUCAAUAACAUUAAUCAGCCUUUAGAAAUAACAGCCAUUUCCUCCCCUGAAAACUCCCUGAAGAACUCUCCUGUUCCCUACCAGGACAAUGACCAGCCUCCAGUGCUGAAGAAAGAGAAGCCCCUGAUUCAGACCAACGGUGUUCAUUACUCGCCACUGACUUCGGAUGAAGAACAGGGAUCGGAAGAUGAGCACAAUAGCACCAGAAUUGAGAGGAAAAUUGCAACGAUAUCAUUGGAAAGCAAAUCUCCACAGAAGACUAUUGAAAAUGGUGGCAGUUUAGCUGGGAGGAGACAAGCACAAACCAGUGAGAACAUGAAUAGCAGUAAAUGGAAGUCUACCUUUUCACCAAUUUCUGACAUCAACCUGACCAAAACUACCGAUAGCCCAUUGCAGGCUGUUUCAUCUCUGAGCCAGAAUUCCCUGUUUGCCUUUAGGCCGUCCUCUGAGGAUGGCAUGGCCAUCGAUGCCAAAAUUGCAGCACACACACGGAAAAACAUCACCAUGUCCUCCUCUGGGACGGACAGACUCAGCCCCAAUACAAACUCCACUAAUGGAUCCAUGUAUAACGGUGGACUGACCACAGACAUCGGUUUACACAGCUUUAUUGAUGGUGCUUCUCUUCCUCAUAAGACUUCAGAUGUGACGACCCUCAACUCCUCUCUGGGUUUUCAGUCACAGAGGAGCAAAGAUGUGGGGAUUUUGGAGACAAACCCCUUUUUGAACAAGAGGCAGCUUGAAGGCCUAGGCAGCAUGAAAGGAGAAGACUUAAACCGGUCAGGGGUCAAAAGUAAAGAGAUCAGUGAAUUAACCAUUCGUCCAGGGGCGGCUUCUGAAAAAAGUUCCUUGCAGCACAAUGGCAAGGUCGGCAAAGGACGGGACCGAGAUGUGGAGUUUAAAAACGGCCACAACCUUUUCAUUUCUGCUGCUGCUGUAUCUUCUGGUGGCCUUCUCAAUGGCAAAAGCCUUUCCACUGGUGUCUCAUCUGCAGGCAACCCAGCACCUUCUGUUCAGACGCAUCAUCCUUUCUUAAACACAUUGACCACUGGAUCGCAGUUCCCCCUGGGCCCCAUGGCUUUGCAGGCAAACCUCAACUCGGUCACAAACGCCUCAGUAUUGCAGUCCUUAUUUAAUUCCAUGCCAGCUGCUGCCAGUCUGGUCCACGUGUCAUCAGCUGCAACCAGACUGACUAACUCUCAUGCUAUGGGGAACUUCUCUUCUGGGGUUACAGGUGGAACAGUUGGAGGUAUUUUUAACCAUGCGGUGCCUUCUGCCUCCUCUUCUCAUCAGUUUGGAGCCAGUUUCAGCAGCAGUGCUGUUUCUAGCAGCACAAUGCUAAGCUUAAACCCUCUGCAGGCUGUGGCCAGCACCUCAUCCUUCCAGUCCCCCUCCUCUAGCUUAGUAACGUCCAGUGAGAACAGAGCUGCCCAGCACCUAAACAGAGUGCCAGUGCAGACUGUGUUUCAUACCCCUCCUCCACCCCCUCCUAACGUUUCAUUACCUCCUCCUCCUCCAUUACUCGCUUCUAACUCUGAGCCUGCGCUUCUGCAGAACUUGCCGUCCAUCCCAGCUAACGAUGCUUUUUUACCAUCCUCGUCCGCUGCUUCUGUCCAAUCUGCUAAUGCUUCUUUGUCUAUUAAGCUAGCUUCUCUUCAGCACAAAACUUCCCGUCCCUCCUUUACAGUCCAUCACCCACCUCUGCCCCGUUUGGCGCUGGCACAGACCGCGCCCAUGAUCCCGCAGUCCAACGCAACUGGCACGUCCGCUAUGUGGGUUACACUUGGCAUGCAGUCUCCUUAUGCUUCGCACCUUUCUGGGGUUAAGCCGCGAUAAAGAGCUUGCUUAGCUAACAGUUCUUAUUUUGUAAGGUAAUUAGGAUUUCUACCUCAACCCAAUGUGACCUAUGCAAGGACAACGUGGACCAACUUCACUCAGCUUCCACUGAAAGGUGCUCGCCUGGCCUGGCAGGGGUUUCUACUCUUACUACUGGACAAAGUAAACAAACAAACAAAAGACCUAAAUAACAGAGAAAAGAAUAUUCUACUGUGAAUCGGAGUUGAAAAAAAACUGCAAAGGAAAUGCUUAAAAAAAAAAAAAAGCUCCAGUUUGUAUUGUCGAUAGUUUAGAUAAAGUAUUUAUCUUUUUUAAAAAUGAAAACAAUUUUGGCUUAUUUUAUUCCAUCUAAAGUCAUAAAAAACUGCAACUCAUUGAAACCAUUCUCUGAAUAAUAAAGGACUGGCACACCAGCAGAGAUGUAAAGAGCCUCCUCUCGGUGCUAUUUCAUCCGUCAGAACUGUGCCUCUCUAGUUCAAAUCCUUGGUGCUGAAUUUGAGGGUUGACCAAUGCCAAACCCAGUUCUCAGACAGGUCUGCUUUUAUUUAUUCAACUCACUCUGUUCAUAUACCAAAGUCCAUUGGUUUACAGCAAAGCAGGAGCUACAGAGAAUGGCAGUCUUUAGUUUUGGGUGGUUUUCUUUUUCUUUUUAACAGAGCUCAUGGCUCAGUUAUCAGGCGUUUAAUAUUGUUUAUUACAACCCAGAAUGCAAUACUCCCCUCUGGAAUGGCAGCUAGAUUACCUGAUCUGACCUGUGCAAACUCAGCUGGUUCAGACACUUAGAACAGAAGAAGCAUAACUUAAGUCUAGUCCUGUUAGACUACUUCACUGGGCCCAUUAAAACCUCUGGUGGUGCUCCAGUCACUGUGAAUUUCAGUAGCUAGACUGUUAACUUGUUUUGGGGGGUCAUUUGGCAUAUGAACAGGGUGCAUAAUCACUGGUGUUGGUCAGGCCCUUUUUAACAAUAUUGGGAAGAUUGAAAACCGAGCUUCUAUGCUGGGGCAGAUAGCAGCAGAUUUUCUCCGCUUGUUGUUUUUGUUGAAGUACAAUGUAUUUUGUUAGUAAGGUUUUGAUACUUGAUUCCGAAAUGGCUCAGCCGUGUACAUUUUAUUGACUUCUAAGUGCAUUCGCUUUUGUAUUUCUUUGCUUUGAAUAGGUUUAAAUGGUAGUUCACAAAAACACCACAAUCUAGCUUAACUUGCUGCCACGCUAUCAAACUGGUGCAUUUUGAAUUGUAUUGUGACUUGGUGUUCUGUGUACAGAAAAGUGUCGCUCCGAGCAGUGACCGUAUUUUAUAGACGUGAUGAAAAUUUAUAAAUUUCAUAAACUUUAUUCAGUUUAUUUUUUAGGUUGUGUGAUGCACAGUAAACUUGUAAAAAGAGGUUUUUAUUUAUUCAAGUGCACAAAAUGGGGAGGAGGAUCCAUUACUUCAUAAACUUUGAUCUGCAGCAUAGACUGGACCAAGCGCCAAUAAAGGAAACCACAAUAACAGAAGGGAUCGCGACAGCAAAGUGACUAGAUUCAGAGCACACCGGUGCUAAAGUGAACCUGCUGGCCUAAGUUCUGUCUGGGGAGAUACGGUCGUAUUGCAUCAGAGGCACUUGGUAUCCUUCAGUCCAUUCCAGCCAGGUUCAUAGCUCUCUAAUUACAGUCUCUAACCUCCAGCAAGCAGCCAUUCACUAGAGAGUUGAGCUCUCCCUUACCAACUCCCUAGUGCGGUUUCCCGUUGUCACAAACUGCUGGGCUUCGUGAAUCAGCUGCCUAAUUGCACUCGGAGCAGGCCAAAUAUCUCUUCACACUCUUGUGCUGUGCUUCCGUGGCUGGUUUGAUCUGUGUCUCCAUGAGUACUAUGCUGGUUCUUGUGUCCAAUGGAGCUGGUGGACAUGUUCUCCUACUUUCCUAUUCUCGCUAGCUCCUUCCUCUCCCCACGGGAGUGAAUUUGUCCUGGAAAGGUGCAGUGUCCUGAUUAACAAUGCCCACCUUCAAUGUAUUUCAAAUUGGCUGCUUCCCUCUAGACCAUGUAGCGGGCAGUGGCAUAGAAGUUGACCAGCUCAGUUACCCUAUCCACUCCUGAGUGUCUCAGCCUCUCCAAAAGGUGCCCCCCGUGUGCAGAAACUAUUAAUGUAACUUUGCCUUAUUAUUGAUCACUAAAAGGGACGGAUCCUUAUUCCUAAUCUCCAGGAAUAUUUGUAAUCCUUUUCUGGUUUGCGCAUGGGAGCGGAGAGGGAGGAAGUGAUGCAUCCCGCUGGAUUCCUAGCAGCAGGGAGAGAACCUAGCGAAAGCCAAGUAAUGCUCAGGGAGUGGCCGCUGAGAGACCUCCAGUAGCUUCUAGUGGAAGCCAUAAACAGUUAUGUCCUGGAAUCCAGGAGAACACGUAACCCAGUUAUUGUUCAGCUGUGAAUUGGGCAACUCCAGCCUGAUCCAGAUCUUUGGGUAACUGAAAGGUGCAGGGCCUUCUCAGCAGGUUUAAUCCCAAUUAAAGGCAACAAAAUGCAAACUCAGGUCCUUGGAGGAUUAAAAAAAAAAAAAAGGUAGGUAGUGAAAUAGUGUGAACAACUGCUCAAGGGCCCUAGCUUUGCCCCUCUAUAUGCCCCAGUUACACCGAUUGAGGCUCGUCAACAUCCCUGAUUUAAGAGCUGGGCGGGAAAUGCAUGAUAUCACUUGAGCCAGUCUGCUUUCACCAGAUAACCAAUUCCCAUCCUGGCCAGGUGCAAUGGGGGCAAGACCUAGCCAUUAUCCUCUUACAGCACAUGGCCUCUUCAGCCCCGUUGUUCUGCUAAAGGGUUUAAUGAGAACCUUUGUUGUAUUGUGAGUUUCAAACAUGCUUCUGAGGGCAGUUAUACCUGCAGGGAUUCCAGAACUUCUCUGUCUUUGUUAGCUUCUGCCUUUAAAUUUGACUGUUGCAGCCUUCUGUGUUCUGUGCACAUUGCUUGCUUGUGGAUUUUGUCUUCCCAGUAAUCUCAGCUGAGUUGGACUUCUGGGUAAGAGUCAGGCAGGGCAGGGAAAUGAGGCAGGUAAGGCUAUGGAAUUCUGGUGCUUCUCACCAAAAGGCCCCUUUUUCUCUCUGUCGCAGCCUGGGAAUUCCCACUUUUCCAUGGAGAAAUUGGGAAAUAGAUUCUUAAAGUUUUGGGGAGUCACAUGAUGCACUGGGGUCAGGCAAGAGACCUGGGUCUUACUCCCAGCUCUUUCCCUUACUCACUGUAAUCUUGGGCAAGUUGGUUCAGCAUCUCCAUCUGUUUCCCCAUCAGUAAAACCGGGAGGAUACUUGCCUUGCUUCACAAAGUGCUUUGAGAUCUCUGGGUGAAAAGCUGCAUGUAAGCGUGAAGCAUUAUUAAUAAAGAUCUAACCUGCAUGGCUGGAAAUUUAUGGAUAUUUGUGACCUUAGCAAGAAAGCUCAGUGCCAGAGGUGUGAGACUUGUUCUCAGUAACCUGAGGUGGUACUUUAUUUAUUUAAUAUUAUUUAAGCCAAAAUGUGAAGUGCAGGAAAGGAAUUCUUUCUGGUUUACACUUUCCUACGCCCGGCCCAGUCAUUCUACUACUGUCACAAAUGUUCCUUCUCAUCUGCAUUGCUGCUGCUGGCAAGGGGACUCAUAAUGAAGCUAGAAUGCAUUUCGUAGCAUCUGCCAAAAAAAUUGAACUUCCCGAGUGUGUUGAGCUGAGCCUGUGUGGCCCUUUGUGAAAAAGCGAGGUGGGGGGUAGAUGUUUGCAGAUGCAGAGACAAGUUGUUACACACCACCAAAAAAGGGAAGAGUGCAUCUGCUCCAGUUGUCUGGUUUGCCUUUCCCAGCCCCCAGACAACCUCUUGGAGUGUCAGAAAGUUGGGAGAGCUCCCAAGGCAUUCAACUUAAAUUUGCUGUUUUCUGUGGAUUAGUCAUUCAGUAAGAAUUCUGAUACGGGACAGUGGUGGUUGAGGAAUCCCGAAAAUAGGCCGCUUUGCCUUGUGUACGUGAGGGCUGCAUUGGAGUGCGACUGGAGACCUGGUGGUUGUUGACAUGGUUGACCUCUGUCAAAUCAGUUUCUGCCUCUAUUUCCUCAUCUCGAAAAUGGGGAUAAUGGCACUUGGCUACUUUUUGUAAAGUGCAUUGAUCUUCCUGGGGAGGGUCAUAAAUGCUAGAUCUUAAAUCUCGGCACUCAUUUAAGUGCAGGUUGUGGGAGUGAUGGUUUCCCCAAGUACUUGGGGAAACUACUGGGCAGCAGAUUGGGGGGGGGGGAAGGGGAGGAGAAAGUGGGUUUAAAGUGGACUUGGUUAAGGGUUUGUAUGGAGGAUCCCAUAGCCUUCCAUUUAAAAAAAAUACUGAGACAAUGAUACGUGCAGCUUUCUUUAAAGCUUCCCAUAUGUGUGAACAUCGGAGGGUGCCCUUUCUCCGUGAGAGAGGUGUUCCUGUCUGCAGGGCCACUCCCCUGCUUGUUUCCUCCCAGUUUGUUUAUAAUCUGGACUGUCAGCUCAUUGGAACGCAGGUGAAGCAGGAAUUAAAGCCAUCCCUCUUAGAACUGCACGCUAAAAGAAUUCAAACGUAGGUGAACUAUUGUGGUAGCUGGUCGUAGAUCAGGACCCGUUAUGAUCGGUGGCCUGAGAGAGAGAGCUCCUCCCCCAAAGCACAAUCUAAGGAUGAGAUGGCAGGUGGCUAUAACAGGCGGGAGCACAAGGAGACAAUGAGACUUUCCGGUUGUCUCAAUUGUUAUUGCUCCUUUACUGUGGGGAUAAAGAUCUGUUAGAACAAAGGGUAUUCACCCUGUUGGUAAUUGGCUUUGUGAGCAGGCUCAGCAGAGAGGCCAAGAAUUGGAGUGGGCCACGUAGGCUGAAUUCCCCUCUAUGCCGGUUGUGCAGGUAGGUGCCUUGACUGGGGGUGGGGGGAAUCUUGUCCAAUGGCUGCUUUUGCUGUCACUCGAGGUGUGCUUUAUGCUUGCUGCUUGCUCCUGAAGUGAUUGUGCGCAUCACUGGCCUGUGGCUAGACAAGAGCUUUAAAGCUCCAGUCCAUGCCAUCCUGUCGCACUUUCCCACCCCCAAAAUCACAGGGCUUUAUUUUUAAAUUGGCCCCGUUAUUAAGGUGCCAGAGCUGUUUUAAUCUACUCCCGUUUGCUGCAGAGCAGUGAGUGGCUCUGAACUCAUUAUUUGGGUAUUGGAGAAGGUCUGCUGAACUAACAGAUUUCAGGCCCGUUGUUCGAGGAGUGAAAACAAGCAAUUACAUGGCACCUUUCCUCUAAAGAGUCCAGAGUUCAAGCAGUUGCUUCAAAUUUGCUUGGCUGUUCUUAGGCUGAUCAAUUAAGCUACAUCUCGGGCCAUGCAAACCUUUUGCUGGGUGUAGCUUGCAGUGGCCUAUGUGCCUUAUCCCGUGGAUGGAUGGAUGGAUUUCCUCUCAUUUCUUCGGAGGGGUGUUGCUUGAACACUGCAAUACUAUUUUUAAUCUCUUGGCUGUGAAAGUUUGUGUCUCCAUCUAGGAUGAAGUAAUUUUGCUUAUGGGGAAAAUGAUCGAGUGUAAUGUGCCUCAGAAGAUUGAUUUUUAAGCACAGAAAUGGAGCUAAAAAUGGAUGGAGGGGCAGGGAAAAGAAUGUCAUUUACAUCCAACCCUCCCUCCCUCAUUCCCCUUUAUAUUGGAGCUGAUAAAAUGAUGACAAAAAAUGGAGGGUAGAAGGAGAGGUAGAGGCGAAAUGGAGGCAAGUUUUAUUCCUAUCUUGGGUGAUUCAAGCCUUUAUUGAUAGCUGGGUUUAGUUAAAGAAAGAUCCUUGUAGGGGAAAUCUUUAAUCCCUCCCUUCCCCACCUUCCUUUUCUGGAGAAACUGACAAUAGCGCUAGUUAAAUAGGUGAUAGGGUGGGACACAGGCAACUGUUAGACUUUCACCUCUGGAGACCUGGGUUCAAAUCCUGCUUGGAUUGUGCAUUAAAGUAAAUUGGGUUUCAAUGCUGUUUGUUCCCAGAAUCCUGCCGUUCUGCUGAGAGUCCUAGGACCGGGAUAGCUGGAGUGUGUCAGGGCAGGGAUCUGCAUUAACCACGCUGCAUCAGGGACAAUUUGCAAUGCCUGCCGUAUGCUGCUGUGUCUACUUAGGUCUUGCUAAUGUGAGCGGUCAGUUGUGGGAACACAGUCACUUCCAAUUGUUUUCUUAAAGUCCAACACACGCUUCCCUUCUGGCAAAGUUCAUUCAUGGAGCCCAGUUCUUUGUGACGUCUAGGGAGACUCAGACGAUUUCCAAGGGUGUUUGUAAGAUGAAUUCAGGGUCCAAUCCCUCUCUCUGGAGUCAGCCAGGCAAAUUUUAACAUUGACUUCAAUGAGAGCAGGAUUGCUCCCUGUGGUGUAGCUGGAGGGAUAGAUGAAGUAACUUCAGCACUAAGUGUGUGGUGUUUUUCUGUUAUGUCCCAGUCCUGCAAACACUGACUCCUCUACCAGGAGUAUCUCACUGGUAGUAAAUGCUAUGCCCCCAAGGAAGUGUUGGCAGGAUCAGACUCUUAAACUGCUAGUGUCUCAUCACUCUUGUAUAGAUAGAGAGAGAGAGAUACAAUACACACACACACCAGGCUGCACCCCACCUUUCCCAUGGUUGCUGGAAUGGUGGAGGGAGAUGUCAAGAGCUGGGACUUGCUGCAGUCUCUCAUAAGCUGCUGUUUGAGGGACACAUUUCCCCCCCACUGACUAGACUUCAGGCCUACAACAGAAGCCACCCUCCACCCAUUCUGAAGAUGGUGCUAUUUUCCUCCCCAGUGACUAUCAAUACACUUGACAGUUUUCUUCACUGACCGGGGAGUAGCCUUAUCCAUUAGUCUAACCAGGAUUGCUAAAUAACUUCAGUCACAGGUGCUGUUCCCUGAAGAGCUGUAAUUCGCUUUCUAACUCUGUGAGGGCUCCGUUAGGAAUGUAUUGACCACAUAUAGUCCGUUUGCUUUCGGUAUUGAAAGCAAACCUUUUGUAUACCAGAGCUUGGAAGCAUGAAAACUUUGACACCCUUUUUCUUUAGAGAGUUUUCUCCUAAUUAAUACUCAUAGGUUGUUGUUGUUAAUAGUUCUGCUUCUCUUGUUUUGCCUGAGCCAAAAGCAUUAAGAGCACUGGUAGCUUGGAACGAUUAUUGCUUUCUAAUAAGAAAUGGAAACUGUACAGUGGACAGUAAAACAUUAAUCUAUUUAAAUCACAGUUUGGGGAGAAAUUAGUAAGUGUUUUUGUGAACUAUCUCUGCAGCACUGAGGAAAAUCACUAUAGAUGAGGUUUUUUAAGUACAAAUGUAGACAGUGUAAAAGUAUCUGAUUUAUUUUUUUUUAAUUCAAAUGCUCUUCCCCAUUCCCCUGAACAAUUCCAUAGAUGACCCUUGUUUUUCACGAAUGAGUUGGACGCACCUUUUUCAUUAAAUUUUGUGCCAUAUUUUAUUUAUCCUUUAUGCAUUAUAAAGAUCUAUCUACUUAGACUGAAUAUUGCAAUACCAGAUGCUACUGUUGUGGAACAGGGCAUAAACCCAAUACUAAAACUGAAAAUAACCCUCCAGUAUAUUUAGCGCUUGUGACUGUCAGUCUUUUUAGUCUUCAUGCUUUGAUUUCAAUAUUAAAGAUGAGCUAACCACUUCCUAAAGGUUUGAAGAUGUUAAUGCUGAAGUUCUCUCAAGUUUGACCCUGUGAUUCUAAGGUACAUCUGGUUGCUUUUCUGGUGCAGUGGAAUUGUCCUUUGGAAAGGUGAUUUUUCUGGCAUUGUUAAAUCCAGCCUGCUUGGCUCCACCCUCCUGCCCCCUACUAUAAAUUCUUGAAGUGGUCAGUUUUAAAUUAAAAACCAAUUCUUUAGGUCUCUGGUCUUUGUAAGAAAGCGUUUUAGGAGUGGGGGUCUGCCCUUGCUGGGUGGGACUGGACAGAGGAAUGCAAAUGAAGUUGCUGUUGCUCAGGAAUUGAUUAGUAAAACUUUUAACUACUAAUAAAAAUUAAUUUUUCAAUGGAUUUAAAACAAAAAAAACCCCCAUUUUCUUGCUUAGAACAUGUGAUAUGGGAUGUUUCCUAGUGAAUAGGAAUUAGUUUAUACAUUUUAGCCUAUGAAAUUGAACUAUUUAAAAUUCAAACCUCCCCUAAUUUAUCUUUAUUUGGUUUUUUUUAUACUGAUAUGUUGCCCUGUCAUUCUUCCAUAGAACUAGUGUGAAUUCUUCUGGUGUGUAUAUACGUAUGUAAUAUUAUAUAUAUAUUAUAUUAUAUAUAUAUUUUCCACCCACCCUAAUUUUCCACAAUGCAAGAGUUAGUUUUUUUUCUCCCCUCCCUUCCACUUUAAUUUCUUGUCUUUUACCUUGAUUUGUAAUUGAAACAAUGCUUUGAAGUUUUGUCUUUAUAUUAAAAUGUAUGUAUUUUAAUACA